CGUCAACUCUUUGCCGAGCACGUCAGUCUCUCUACAACCAAUCAUUGACUCCCUCAACACUUAUUUUGAAGAAGUGAAGUCGAAAGAAGCGCAGCCACCAUGUCCAUAGGCGAUGAAGCGACGGCCCGAAACGGUGCACAGCAGCACCGUGGGCCUCGACGCUCUAUGCUCAUUACGAUUCCGAGAUCUUGCUCCAACCUGCUUGUAAGGAUUCUUGCGCUCGAUAAGCAGGAGAAUGUCAAACAUGGUGGAUACCAUUUCCUCGGGGCCAUGGUUCACCACGCGAAUGAACACACCAUCGACAAUGCCCCAGAGACCUGGACCGACGAGCAGAAGAUAGCGAUCCACGAACUAUUCGCAGCGAGUAUUGCCAGCCUCGAAGAAGAUACCCACUUUAACAACGACACCCAAGUAGCGUUCACAAAAGAACACUGUAACACGUUCAUCGAGCCCACAGCCAUCUCCCGCUUCGUCAACGGUGAACCCAAGAAUGGCGAACCCAAAGCCGCUCCUCUUCGCUGGUCUGUUCCUGGAUACGAAUCUCUCUACUCGGAGCUAAACGAAACCGUGAUGCCCGACGCCUACCUUCUUUCCUGGAGACCAGUAUUUCUCAUCCGCCACCCAAUCCGGGUCUUCGAAUCUGCUCUUCGAAACAUGACCAACUUAUUCGAAGAAUGCGCCGAAAGCUUGACCAAAAACUCCACCGACUCAUCCAAAAAGGCAACAAUCGACUCAAACACAACGUACAACUUCCAUCGCUCACUCUACAACUUCUACGUUAGCCAUGGCGUCCGGCCCAUUGUCGUCGAUGCAGACGAUCUUCUAGUCAAUCCGAAGGGCAUCACACAGAAGCUGGCUCUCCAGAUCGGGCUUGAUCCGGAGAGGCUACAAUACGAGUGGAACCCAGCGAGUCCGGACGAGCUGAAGCAGAAAGAGAUACGUAUGAGGAUCAUGCUGUCGAGUUUGGACGCAUCAAAGGAGAUUACGACGGAUAAAUUGGGUUCGACAGCUGGAUCGCCGGAGGAGAUGAUGCCCGUUUGGACAGCGAAGUUCGGAGAGGCGAAAGCACUGGAGUUGAGGGAGAAAGUUGAAAAGGCUAUGCCGGAUUAUGAGUAUUUGUGCAAGAGGAGGAUGAUGGUUUGAUGAGAGCGGCGAAUUCGACUUCGACUUUAUUGUUAGUACUUACUUCGGCCUGCUUUUGGUGCUCGCUUCAGCCGUUAUGUCUGUAGUAGUAUGCAGCAAUCAUACUCAUCAAUCCUUCACUCCACA